CCUUGAGUUCAGAGGUUAGCUUGUUUGGUAACUUAGGCUAUGGAUGAAUGCGUUUUAUCUGAAGGUUUAAGCUCAGUAGGUUAUACUUACUGAAACGUAAAACAAUAUCAGCCCAUUUGUAGAUGGUAAAACUGAUGGAUUUAGUCUGUUAUCGACCGCAAAGCAUGUAUUUUUUUUAGCAGCGACUAGCUAAAAAGGCUAAUAUUAGCUCUAUAGCUUUGUCCUGUAGCUAGCUAAUGCUGCACUAAGUAUGCAGUUGUAGAUGUCAUAUUGUUUCAAAGCUGACCUUGUAGCAGCAAGUAGGUUUGAACGGGCUGUAUAAGAGUUAUGGCUUUAAUUAGGCUUCUGUGUUUGUUUAAUGGGAAAACUGUAUGGAGCAAAACAUUAGCUCGGACUGGUUGCAGGAAUGUCUGCAGUUCACCUUCAAGGCUGCAGAGCAUGUCAGCUUGGGUCAUUGAUCAGUAUGGCUCUAGUGGAGUUUUGAGGCACACAGAAGAAAUUGCUAUUCCCUCUAUUAACUUUGCAAAUGAAGUGCUGAUAAAAGUCAGUGCGGCCAGCCUUAACCCACUAGAUGUAAACAUGAGGGGAGGAUAUGGGGCGACAUUGCUUAACUUAAGGAGGGAUCCUUUGUCUGUGAUGAGCAGCUUCAGUGAGUUUCCACUCAUUCUGGGCCGUGAUUUGUCAGGUGUAGUGGUGGACUGUGGAUCUGAAGUGACUCACUUUGCUCCAGGAGAUGAGGUGUGGGCUGCUGUUCCACCGUGGAAACAAGGCAGCCUGGCAGAAUAUGUGACUUUAACAGAGUAUGAGGUUUCCUACAAGCCAAAAUCAUUGAGUCACAUUGAGGCUGCAUCCAUCCCUUAUGUAGCCAACACUGCUCUCUCUGCACUUGUCAAUGCAGGCGGUCUCUGCAGGGAAAACUCCUUAAAUAAAAGAGUUUUGAUCACUGGAGCAUCUGGAGGUGUUGGAACAUUCUCUAUACAAUUAUUAAAGACUUGGGGUGCCCAUGUGACCGUUACCUGCUCCCAGAAUGCUGAAGGCCUUGUCAGAGGGCUCGGUGCUGAUGAGGUGGUAGACUACACAGCAGGAGAUGUGGCUGAACAACUGGAGAUCAUGGAAAAGUUUGAUGUCAUUUUGGACAACGUGGGAGGCGAUACAGAGGAAUGGGCCAUGGGUCUGUUAAAGCCUUGGUCAGGGGCGAAGUACGUCACUUUGGUGUCACCUUUACUCCUCAACACUGACUCUAUGGGCCUGUUAGACGGAACAUUGCGCGCUGGCCUGACUCUGCACAACAAAGCCUUUCAGAAUAUAACGUCUGCUGGAGUCUUCUACAGGUGGGCUUUUUAUGCUCCCGAUGGGCCCACCUUGGAUGAAGUCAGCCAACUGGUGGAUGCAGGGAAGAUCCUGCCUGUUGUUGAGGCCCAGUUUCCAUUCACUCAGGUGCCUCAAGCUUUCCAGAAGCUGGAGCAGGGCCAUGCAAGGGGAAAAACUGUAGUGAAGGUGGCUGAAGAUGAUGAGGUUAUAAAUGCUGCAGAGUCUGAGCAAGAUGUGCAUGAAACAUUGCAACAACAUUGAAGAAAGAUGAAUGAGGAAAUAAAGAGAAUCCCUCAUGCACUUCUUUGACCUUUUAUCUCUGCUGCAGUCGACAACAGAAGACAGUUUAUGCUAAAGAGUAAAAACAUUUUGUGCAGAAGAUUUUAAUUUAUUUUUUUAAAAAGCGAGAAAGCCAAAAUAGGUCUGUCUGACAGCAUCUCCCUUUCUGCACUGGACUGGAUUUGUUCAAAUUGCCUACAGUCUGCAGUGUUUGUCUUUGCAGGAAACUUCAAAGGGAUUUUCAGUAAAGGAUUUGAAUUUGCUUUCAUGUCUGUAUUCUUACUGCAAAGUCACAUCAGCUUUCCCCAUGUUGCAUUUUAUUCAAACACAAUUAAAAACAGUCUAAAGAAUAACGUUGGCAAACAGUUGAGCAUAUGCAGUGUAAUUGAAAACAUUUAUUGACAAAAAUUAUUGUACAGCUUUGUUUUUAUAGUGCUGGUAAAACAAAAAGAAAAGGUCAUUUUUGUAUUUCAUAUUGCUUUUAUAAAUGCAGCUGGAAUGUAAGUCAUUGUUGUAACACUGUUUAAUUUAUCAGAUAGAAACAAAGAAUCCAAUGAAAACAUCAAAUAUACAUUAAACCUAAAAGACACAGAAUUGUAGGUUUUAAAAUUUAAAAUAUUUCCAAGUUUCCAUAGUUUAUAUGCUCAGCUGGUAAUAAUCCAUUCUUAGAAAAUUAUCUCUCCAGGUUGACCUCUUCAUCAAAAGGUUGUGCAGCUCUGGAGCUGAAACUCAUCCUUUAAGCUUCUAAAAGUUCUCCUGAAUAAUUAGGAAAAGUUCCAGCGAAUCCAUUUAAAUGAUCUCCACAUCCCACCUCUGCUGUAGUUUACUUGGGUCAAGAGGGUUCAGAACGACUUGAUUUUUAUCGUAGUGAGUUCCACCUAAAAUAUAAAACAGGUUACUAGUUGGUUUUAGAUCAUUAUUUACAUGUUAAACACCACAGACUUAAAAAUUAUUCAAAUAUAUAACAUGUUAUAACCCCAACUUAAGAUAAGUACAUGCUCCACAUUAUUUACUUCAUCAAAAUUAAAUAAGGAUUUUAAAGGGCUGGAUUUGUUCUGCAAUAUACAUUCAUAUUCAUUAAAUUCACUUCAUUAACUCUAGAUUAAACAUAUCUAUUAAUUACAGACUGUUAUUUUCAAGCCUUUAUUUUGAUCAUAAUGUGACAUUAAAGAUAGACUAUUACAUCUGACCAAUCUAGAAAGAUAUCUAAUAGAGAAAUAUAGGCUUAUUGAAAUGUUUGUGGAAAACCCGAUUAAUAAUUUUCAAACAAGUUAGAAUGCCUUUUCUAAUUGAUGGAAUAUGACUGUUAUUGAAACCAAUGUCAAAGUAAAAACCCCUAGAUCAUGUUAGUAUUCCUGUAUACUUUAUAGUUUCAGUAUUUAAUCCACAAGGUGUCACUAAUCGACAGCUUUUUGAGGGGGGUGGGGAGUAAUGUGGUGUCUAGUCUCCCCCCC